AUGCAGAAGUGUGUUGGUGCUGUUUGUAUCUCACUGGUGUUUUGUGCACUUUUGACCGAGACGCUGGGGAUGGUCAUUGCGGCAAAAGAGAAGCGUGGCUGGACCCUGAACAGCGCUGGAUACCUGCUUGGGCCCCGUCGUAUUGAUCAUCUAAUACAGAUAAAGGAAGCUCCCAGUGCAAGGGGGAGAGAAGAGCUGCUUGGUGAAUAUGGCAUCAACAGUCACAGGACGCUCAGUGAUAAACACGGUCUGGCCGGGAAGAGGGACGCAGUCAUGGAGGACGACAUCAAAUCCGACACCCUGAGAAUAGCAGAUGAAGACACUGUGCACACCAUCGUAGACUUCCUGUCAUUCCUCAAACUGAAAGACUCAGGCGCUCUUGACAGCCCGCCCUCCUCUCUCACUUCAGACGAAUUCACUCAGCCCUGA